GUGCUCGGCUAUGUGGUGGAAAGCAUGAGAAAGGGGGUGAGACACCAGGGGCUGCUGGUCCUAUGGGUGAGGUCACCACCUAUGCCAGGAACAAGGGCAAAGGGCAGGGAGGCCUAGUCCCCGAUCCUCUAAAGAAGCACUAGGUGACUCCAGGCUUGCAAUGUGUUGAGCCUUGCUGUGCAGGGCUUGAGGCUGGUCUAGAGUCAGGGUUUCUGCUGUGAGGUCUGUGGAGGGAGAGGGGGAGGGACAGACUGAAACACUUGAGUAAGCAUGAACCACGGCUGCAGCCUGGUUAAUGCACACCAGAGUUGGCAGCGAUAGCUUCUCCACAGGGCGUGGGUAGGCACUGAGUGAGAAGAGCUGGUCAACAAGACAGGCACUGCUCCUGGCCAGGCCCGCCCACACUACCUUCAGAACAAGGAUGAUCUACACCACCGAGCCACCUUGACAACAGCCGCAGGCUACAACCGCUGUCACUAUGAAACAGUUCGAGAGGGCCAGGAACUAUGUGUUCUACGCACAGCACCCAGAGAAGGAGGAAGAGGUACCCUCAUGGCAGGAAAUCAAGCAGACCCCUGUUGUCAUGGCCACAAUCAAAGGUCCAGGGCCUGCCAAGUACCUGCGGCCAUCUUGUACUGGCUACAUAGCCCAUGACAUCUCCAUGUUCCAGGAGCCAGCCUUCAGUCUGCAUACACGGCACACUAAGAAACGGAUCACUGACGAAAACAGCCCUGGACCUUGCUAUUUUUUGGAUCCCAAAGUAACUCGUUUUGGAAUAUCUACCUGUCCCCAGGUUCCCAUGGAGGAGCGCAUCCCCAACCUACGCAUAACUAGUACGCCAGCCUCUUGCUACUACAACCUCCAGAAGACCCAACCCUCUGGGGAACGUAGGCCUCCCCAGUACUCUUUUGGCUAUCGGUGUCCAUAUAGAGUGAUGGACCCCAAUCCGGCUCCUAACCGGUACAAGCUGCCAUCCUCUCUGGGGCCCAACGUCCCCAACCUCUCAACUGCCCCUUGCUAUGGUCUGGCUUCCACAAACAAGAACUGGUUCCACAAGGAGAAUAUAGCAGGAGGUCCUGGACCUGCUAUGCGUACGCGACCUGAGCCGUCUGUCUACCAGAACCGCAGCCCCGUGUUUAGCAUGGCCAAGCGCUUUGCCUACCCUCUGGACCACACACUUCGGCCUGGCCCAGGCUCCCACAACAUCCAGCCAGUCACUGUGCACAAGCCCCGCAUCCCUGCCUUCACCAUGGGCAUCAAACACUCACCCCACUUGUGCCCAUUGAUUGUGGACAUUUGUGACUGAGGCUCCUGCUAGUGCAUGCCCCUCCUGCCUCUCAGAUGCUAUUUUCCUAGAUCACAUUGAGCAACUUGACCGUGAAUUCCUGUAACAGAGCUGGUGUCUGCUGAGUGGCCAGCACACAGAGGCACUGGAUAAAUAUUUUCGUUUAUUCA